AUGUGGGAAAAGAGUAUAAUGAGAAUUAAUGGGGAAGAAGAUGAUGUGCGUGGAAUUCACAUUAACGAGCAAGAUUCUCUCAUUUUCCCCAACAAUGUCACCUUCUCGGUUGCUUCCUCGAAAUCCUCGAAUUUCUCAUUCGAAUUCCGAACUUUGAAACAAUUUGGCGUUCUGUGGCUGGAAGGAGCAUGGAGUCAAGCUGAAGACGGAGGAGAUUUCGUACUGGUUUUCAUUGAUGAAGGGAAAUUAUAUGUGGGUGUGAAUCUGGGAGCAGAUGUUCAUCUGAAACCAAUAUCCACUAAUGUCACCGUCGCAGAUAAUCAUUGGCAUUCAGUUGCAUUCAGAAGAAAAGAGAGAAAAUGUGAAUUGUGGGUUGACUCGAAGAAGAUUCUCCACGUGGUUUCAUCUCCAGGUGACACGAUUCUAGACACAAAUGGACUUGUCUACUUGGGAGGAGCCAAUCCAAAGAAACACAAACUUCUGAAAUCAUUGGAUCUCACGAAUAAGUUCGUUGGGUGCGUGAAGAAUCUGAAAAUAUUUGAAAAAGAAAUCAAUCUACUCGUGGAUUCUCUGAAAUCAGUCGAGACACCCAAGUACUGUCAUGGAUAA